CUUUGCCAUCAAGAAACCCAUUUUUUCCCACCAGACGACGCCAAAGAAUUUUAAAGGAAAAAAAAAAAAGAAAAAGAGAAAAAAUUAGAGGAAGAAGAGCAGGCAUUGAUGGCGGAGGGAAAACAGGAGAAGAACACGACAAGCGAAGAGAGCGUUAAGCUGUUCGUCGGUCAAGUGCCGAAGCACAUGACGGAAGCUCAAGUUCUUUCAAUCUUCGAAGAGUUCGCUUUGGUCGACGAAGUCAACAUCAUCAAAGACAAGGCUACUCUUUCCUCUAGAGGUUGUUGCUUUGUUAUAUGCCCGUCGAGAGAAGAGGCCGAUAAGGCGGUCGAUGCCUGUCACAAUAAGAAGACUUUGCCUGGGGCAUCUAGUCCAUUGCAAGUGAAGUAUGCAGAUGGCGAGUUGGAAAGAUUAGAGCACAAACUUUUUGUUGGCAUGCUGCCGAAGAAUGUCAAAGAAGAUGAAGUUGCUGAUUUAUUUUCUAAAUAUGGAACCAUAAAGGACCUACAAAUUAUAAGAGGUUCUCAACAAACAAGUAAAGGCUGUGCCUUUCUGAAAUAUGAGACUAAAGAACAAGCCCUUGAUGCGCUGCAGGCUGUUAAUGGAAAGCAUAGAAUGGAGGGUUCAAGUGUCCCUCUCGUUGUCAAAUGGGCAGAUACAGAGAAGGAAAGACUAGCACGAAGGGCUCAAAAAGCCCAAUUUCAAGCUUUGAAUAAACCGAAUGUAGAUUCACAACAUCCUUCAUUGUUUGGAGCGUUGCCAAUGGGUUAUGUUCCCCCAUACAAUGGAUAUGGAUAUCAGGCUCCAGGAAGUUAUGGACUUAUGCAGUACCGCAUGCCACCCAUGCAGAAUCAGUCUGCAUUUCACAGCAUGAUUCCUCCAGUAAAUCAAGCAAGUGGAUUGCGAGGAAUCACACCUGACCUUGCUCCCAGGGCUGGACCUAGAAAUUAUGCUGUGCCUCCUGGAAGUUAUGUUGGCUCCGCUUACCCAGCUGUGCAAGGUGUUCAGUACCCCAUGGCAUAUCCUGGGGGAAUUAUUAGCCACCAUCCGUUGACCAGUUCACCUGGUUCACUACCACAAGCAAAUACAAGCAGUAACUCUUCAUCAGCUUCCAGUGUCGGUACAAGCUCGGGAAGUCAGAUUGAAGGUCCACCUGGUGCAAACCUAUUUAUUUAUCACAUACCUCAAGAAUUUGGAGACCAAGAAUUGACAAACGCUUUUCAAGGAUAUGGUAGGGUUUUAAGUGCAAAGGUUUUUGUUGACAAAGCAACGGGGGCUAGUAAAUGUUUCGGAUUUGUAAGUUACGACUCUCCGGCAGCUGCUCAAAAUGCCAUAAACAUGAUGAAUGGAUGCCAAUUAGGAGGUAAGAAACUGAAGGUUCAGCUUAAGAGAGACAACAAACAGAACAAACCUUAUUAAUCGGGAGGUGAGUCAUGGAAGGCAACGAACACGCGGUCGAAGGAACCUGGAUAUAUCGACUGACUGCAGUAUCAGCAUUUCGGAUGGAUUAAGGAUAACCUGUGAUUGUAUAGGUUUCAACCCAUCCUUGUAAUUGCUUCAUGGGAUCAAAAAGAAAAAAAAAUCCCAGAAACUUGUAAUUCAUGGCGCAAUCCGUGCCCUACACGAUUUGUAGUCUGUGUAUCAUUAAAUUCCAUUUAAGCACUAAUUAUUAAUUUAUUGAUUUUUCCUGAAAA